GAUACGGAGGGGGAGCGAGGCCUGUGGUGCUCCUGAGAGUGCUGCGCUCGCCCGAACAGGCGCCGUGAGCUGCUCGCAGCGGGCUGGAGAGCCGCCUGUUAGCCGUUAACGUUCGGCUUUGUCACCAGGCAAAUUGCUGUCACCUUCAGAUCCUAGCAGACUUGAGGCUAAUUAAUUUAAAAUCGUUUCAGAGAGCAGCACGGAGACAGGGCACGCAGAUGGGCAGCCCGUGGUGAUCCUUCUGGGCUGGGUAGGCUGCCAGGACAGGCAUCUGGCCAAGUACAGCGCAAUGUACAGUCAGAAGGGGUGCACUGUCAUCCGCUACACAGCUCCAUGGAGGACGAUAUUCUUCGCUGAGAGCUUUGGCUUCAAAUCCCUCCACACCCCAGCCAAGAGACUCCUGGAGCUGCUCUUUGACUACAGCAUUGAGAACAGGCCGGUGCUUUUCCACGUCUUUAGCAAUGGUGGUGCCAUGCUCUACCGUUACAUCAUUGAGGCACUUCACACUCAGCAGCCCUUUAAGAACCUCAAAGUCGCAGGCACUGUUUUUGAUAGCGCCCCUGGCAGAAGGAAUUUGAGAGGAGCCCUUCGUGCCUUGGCAACUGUCCUAGCAUCCACGAACAUGCUGCUCAGGUAUCUCCUUAUGCUCACUUUUGCUACUACAGUUGUCGUGCUGCGGAUCCUGCUGUACCCACUGACUCGCUUCAUCCACGAGAGCCACUACGAUGCCCUGCUGAAGGCACCCUCCCGGUGGCCUGAGCUUUACCUCUACUCCCAGGCAGAUGCCAUCAUCAAUGCCAGUGAUGUUAAGCACAUGGCUGACGCACGGCAGCAGCUCGGUGUCUCCGUGAAGGCCGUAGACUUCACAGAUUCAGCUCACGUCAGCCACCUGCGGGUGUAUCCCACCUACUACAGCACCCUCUGUACGACUUUCCUGUCUGACUGCGUCAGGGCUUUGCCUCGUUAGUGGUGUAACGGCCUCCCUUAUUUGCCUCUGCUUUGCUCAGAUUCUGUGGGGAAUGCCAUCCCCUUUGCCUUUAUGUCAUUGAAGGGAGGAAAGCAGAGACUUUGUGCUUUUUUUUUCCCCAUCAGUUACAAGUCUGAAAGCCUCCUUGAGCCAGCCACAACAUAGCAAAAAGUAGAUCUGGAGUAAUUUAAAGAACUGAAAGUGCUGCAGUCUGAGCCCUGAGGUGUUACGGACCACAGUUUCACAUGGAGUGUUGCUUGUUUCCUCCUGUCUUGUGGUGUUCUCCAUGUCUGUGUGUCCUUGUCCAAUGUGCAUGUUCUGUGGCCUUGUACUGAUUCUACAAUACAGCUCUGCAGUGUCUUUGUUUUUUUCCCCUCUCUGCUGUUUCUUUCAUUUUGCAUCGAGCAAACAGAAGUAGAUCUACAAGAUUUCCCUCAUCUCUUGGCAUUGUCUGGUUCCAUCAAAGCUCUGAGAGCAGCCAAAGCACUGAUUCCCUCGCCCUGGAGCAGACCUCAAAUGUUUGUGGUAACUUUUGUGUUCUUGAACCAAAAAAAAAAAAUUUGUUAACCUUA